AUGAUGGAGGUCGAAAGAUCGAUCAGUUAGAGCUACUGAUUAUGAGUCAUUUUCGUCGAAAUCUGUUGUGCACCAGUCGCGUUCUAGCGGCCGACUUGUAGGUGAAAGAGAUAGUGAAGAAUCGCCCACUGGUACAAUAGCCAGGAUGCAGUCCCGUAAACCAUUCAAUUUUCUACUGCCACUUCUUGCAGAAUGCAUUUUUAUCGGCGCUCUGUCGUUGAAAUCCUGUCAGGCAGUGGCACGCGCUAGUCUAGCGCCGGUGAUAAUAGGCUUAUGCCUUUACUGUAUCGUCUUCACAACCACAGGCGUUUCCGAAAUCGACUAUGGCGUUGGGGGCAUCCUAAUGUCACGCGUUUUUUUGGUCAUUUCCCUCCUGCUCCUGUUACCCAAAGAUACCCCCAUACUUCAAAAUGAUGAGAUCCAACAAGGCCUCGAUCCUGACUCUUUGCCUGUGCGGCAGCGUUUGCUUCGUUCGUUCAGUCUUUUGGUGAACCCUCGAGGCAUUGGUUGGAACUGCAGCAUGCCAUCGGCGGUGAUCCCGGAAACGAGACCAAUCCCGCGUCGAAGUUUUAUUCUCAAUGAACUUAUUCGCAUUCCGCUCUUAAUAUUAGUACUGGAUGCAAAGGAGACAUUGCAAGCCGUCCAUCCGCUUCUUAAUGUUGUUGCAAGAGCAGAUGACUGCUCCGUUUUAAGGCUGCGUGAUCAGCCAUACCCCAUUCGCUGCGUCUUGAUCGGGAUGUGGGCAGCGGCUGCCUAUGCCGUGAUCAUGCUCCAGUGGAGCGUCCUGAGCGUGUUGUGCGUGGGGAGUGGCCUCUCCAAGCCGAAAGAUUGGCCAACAUUUUUUGGCCCGCUGAAAGGCUGCUGGACAGUCAGACGAUUUUGGGGGAAGACAUGGCACCAAUUAUUCCGCUUCACUUGUGUCUCUCAUGGUCGAUAUGUAUCCCGGAAGCUCGGAUUUGCGCUUGUGUCUUCCGCGGACAUCUGGACCACCUUAGUGGUGGCCUUCAUUGUUUCAGCAGCUAUCCACAGCUUGGGAGGCGAUUACAUGGCAGCAUCUAGAGCUACGAUCUCAUACAAAUUCUAUCUCUCACAGCCAAUCGCGGUCGCGCUGGAGACUCUGGUCUCGAAUGCUACAUCAUCAUGGUUACCACAUGUUUCCUUGAGGAAGGCCAUCGGAUAUGUAUGGGUUGUGUUCUGGUUCUCGUGGAGCACCGUCGACAUGCUAGACGGUCUAAUGUGCCAAGGAAUGAUGAGGCGAGAGAUGUUCCCGUCUUUCAUUUUCCGGCCUCUUCUGGAGCAUAUUUGGAACGGAACCAACACGGUUUGAUGACGUUUGCGAGGUCCCACAUUCACGGUUCCAGUAUGCGUGUCAUCAGCGUGGCUCCAACGCUGCUGUCGUGCGCUAGACAAACAAACAAAACGUCUAGCCUGGAAGAGCUAGUUUAGGGUUCCCUAAUCCGUCGGCAAAAAUCACACAACUCAUUCUUGAAGACCUGUUCUAGAACAUUAGACAUGAAUGGUUCGCAAUACCAUUUUAACAUCUCCUGCCUGUUUUCCCUUAUUAGUUUGGUGGAUUUUCCCACUCAUCGCAUGU